GCGCGCACACCAAUCUGCAGUUGGCAUGCGCGAGGGGAGUCGGCUUGCGCUUAUCAACCCCCACCAAAGGGACCACGUUCAACAACCUUGCAGCAUGGCAAAAGCUCUGUUACGCACCAAAAUGGCGAGCCGAACCUCGAGUAGAUCAGCCAUCCACCCCAGUUCCAAUCCCAUCAUCUGACUCAAUCGACCCUGACACUUCUCUUAAUGAGAACACCAUUACCCCAAGCAUGCGUUCAGCAUCUUCAAUUUCUUGUCCAAUUGGGGGGAAGGCCGCUAAAAGACGUCAAAUCAAGAACUACCAACACGAUGAAUUACUCUCUCAAACAAACGAGCUGGCUGAAGUCUCUCAAGAGCAACUGACAGCCUUCAACAAGGGAAACAAUAUCCUCCUGGAAAAAAAUAAAAUCAUGCAGGAAAAGCUUGAAAUAGAACGGAAAAAACUCCAGCUAGAAGAAGAGAAGAUCGCCAUUGAGAAGGAUUAUUGUCAAAGUGAAACCGAGAUGAACGGCUUCAAGAUUCUCUGUGAUGCCGAGGACCUUGAGGAAAAGGAGGCAAAGGAUGUCCUCAAGAUAAUCAAGGAUCAAAUUAAAAACAAGUGGCAUGCAAGAGCUGCCUCAUAA